CCCUUGAACUUUUUGAGAGUAUGGCCUCACAAGUUUUGGUCUACCCACCAUAUGUUUAUCAAACUCAGUCAAGUGCCUUUUGUAGUGUGAAGAAACUCAAAGUAGAGCCAAGCAGUUGUGUAUUCCAGGAAAGAAACUACCCACGGACCUACGUGAAUGGUAGAAACGUUGGAAAUCCUCAUCCUCUCACAAAGGGUAGUGCUUUUCAGACAAAGAUAGCAUUUAACAGACCUCGAGGACACAACUUUUCGUUGCAGACAAGUGCUGUUGUUUUAAAAAACACUGCGGGUGCUACAAAGGUAAUAGCAGCUCAGGCGCAGCAAGCUCAAGUGGAGGCACCUCAGAUUGGGGCGUGGAGACAUAGGUUACAUUUCCUAGGAGGCCCUCAGCGAUGUGGAUUGAAGCGCAAGAGUGAGGAGUUGGAUAAUCAUAGCGCAAUGCAGAUUGUCGAUGAAUUGUCCAUACUUCCUGCAAUGUUGCAAACCAACAUGGGGAAUCCAGUGACAGUUGUGACAACUACCACAGGAACAAAACAGAAUUGCACCACUGGAGAAGGUGACUAUCAGUUAGUACAGCAUGAAGUCUUAUGCUCCAUGAAAAAUACUUACGAAGUCCUUGAUUUUCUUGGUCGAGGCACUUUUGGCCAGGUAGUCAAAUGCUGGAAAAGAGGGACAAAUGAAAUUGUAGCAAUCAAAAUUUUGAAGAAUCAUCCUUCUUAUGCACGUCAAGGUCAAAUAGAAGUGAGCAUAUUAGCAAGACUCAGUACUGAAAAUGCUGAUGAGUAUAAUUUUGUACGAGCUUAUGAAUGCUUUCAGCACCGUAACCAUACUUGUUUAGUCUUUGAGAUGCUGGAACAAAAUUUGUAUGACUUUCUGAAACAAAAUAAAUUCAGUCCCCUGCCACUAAAAGUCAUUCGACCCAUUCUUCAACAAGUGGCCACUGCACUGAAAAAAUUGAAAAGUCUUGGUUUAAUUCAUGCUGAUCUCAAACCAGAGAAUAUUAUGUUGGUGGAUCCUGUUCGGCAGCCUUACAGGGUUAAAGUAAUAGACUUUGGGUCGGCCAGUCAUGUAUCAAAGACUGUUUGUUCAACAUAUCUACAAUCUCGGUACUACAGAGCUCCAGAGAUUAUAUUGGGGUUGCCAUUUUGUGAAGCCAUAGACAUGUGGUCAUUGGGAUGCGUGAUUGCAGAAUUAUUCCUUGGAUGGCCGCUCUACCCAGGAGCCUUGGAAUAUGACCAGAUUCGAUAUAUUUCUCAGACUCAAGGCUUACCAGGAGAACAGUUGCUAAAUGUGGGUACAAAAUCCACAAGAUUUUUUUGCAGAGAAACAGAUAUUUCUCAUUCUGGUUGGAGAUUAAAGACACUCGAAGAACAUGAGGCAGAGACAGGAAUGAAGUCUAAAGAAGCCAGAAAGUACAUAUUCAACAGUCUGGAUGAUAUAGUGCAUGUGAACACAGUGAUGGAUUUGGAAGGAAGUGAUCUUUUGGCUGAGAAAGCUGAUAGAAGAGAAUUUGUUAGUCUGUUGAAGAAAAUGUUGCUGAUCGAUGCAGAUUUAAGAAUUACUCCAGUUGAAACAUUGAACCAUCCUUUUGUUAAUAUGAAACAUCUUCUAGAUUUUCCUCAUAGCAACCAUGUAAAGUCCUGUUUUCAUAUUAUGGAUAUUUGUAAGUCCCACCCAAAUUCUUGUGACACAAAUAAUCACAAUAAAACUUCACUUUUAAGACCAGUUUCUUCAAACAGUACAGCUAAUCUGACAGCAAAUUUUACUAAAAUUGGCACAUUAAGAAGUCAGGCAUUAACUACAUCUGCGCACUCGGUCGUGCACCAUGGAAUUCCUCUGCAGGCUGGAACUGCGCAUUUUGGUUGUGGUGAUGCUUUUCAGCAGACAUUGAUUAUCUGUCCUCCAGCUAUUCAAGGUAUUCCUGCAACACAUGGUAAACCCACUAGUUAUUCAAUAAGGGUAGAUAAUACAGUUCCACUUGUAACCCAGGCUGCAGCUGUACAGCCACUCCAGAUCCGACCAGGAGUUCUCUCUCAGACAUGGUCUGGUAGAACACAGCAGAUGCUGGUACCUGCCUGGCAACAGGUAACACCCUUGGCUCCUGCGACCACUACAUUAACUUCUGAGGGUGUGGCUGGUUCACAAAGGCUUGGAGAUUGGGGGAAAAUGAUUUCACACAGCAAUCAUUAUAGCUCAGUGAUGCCUCAACCUCUUCUAACCAAUCAGAUAACUUUAUCGGCUCCUCAGCCAAUUAGUGUGGGCAUUGCACAUGUUGUCUGGCCUCAGCCUGCCACUACCAAGAAGAAUAAACUGUGCCAGAACAGAGGUAUUUUGGUAAAACUAAUGGAAUGGGAGCCAGGAAGAGAGGAAAUAAAUGCUUUCAGUUGGAGUAAUGCAUUACAGAAUACCAAUAUCCCACAUUCGGCAUUUAUUUCUCCAAAGAUAGUAAAUGGGAAAGAUGUCGAGGAAGUAAGUUGUAUAGACACACGGGACAAUCAUAACUCAGGAGAGGCAAGAAAUUGUUGUGAAACAUCUGUCAGGCAGGACUCUGAUUCAUCAGUUUCAGACAAACAGCGGCAAACGAUCAUCAUCGCAGACUCCCCAAGUCCUGCAGUGAGUGUGAUCACUAUCAGCAGUGACACUGAUGAGGAAGAGACGACACAGAGACAUUCGCUCAGAGAAUGUAAAGGUAGUCUAGAUUGUGAAGCUUGCCAGAGCACUUUGAAUAUCGAUCGGAUGUGUUCAUUAAGUAGUCCUGAUAGUACUCUGAGCACCAGCUCCUCAGGGCAGUCCAGCCCAUCCCCUUGCAAGAGACCUAACAGUAUGUCAGAUGAAGAGCAGGAAAGUGGUUGUGAUACUGUGGAUGGCUCUCCAACAACAUCGGACUCUUCGGGACAUGAUAGUCCAUUUGCAGAGAGCAGUUUUGUAGAGGACACUCAUCAGAACACAGAACUGGUUCCCUCUGCCAACACAGAAACCAAACCAGCUGUCUGUGCUGUUGUGGUGCCACCAGUGGGACUAGAGAAUGGAUUAAAUGCCGAUGAGCAUAUGGCAAACACAGAUUCUAUAUGCCAGCCAUUAAUAAAAGGACGAUCUGCUCCUGGGAGAUUGAACCAGCCUUCCACAGUGGGUAGCCGUCAGCAAAAAUUGACAUCAGCAUUCCAGCAGCAGCAUUUGAAUUUCAGUCAGGUUCAGCACUUCGGAUCUGGGCAUCAAGAGUGGAAUGGAAACUUCGGACAUCGAAGACAGCAAGCUUAUAUCCCUACUAGUGUUACGAGUAAUCCGUUCACUCUUUCUCAUGGAAGCCCCAGUCACACAGCUGUGCAUGCCCACCUGGCUGGAAGUGCGCACCUCGGAGGACAGCCUGCUCUCCUUCCGUACCCAUCGUCAGCUACUCUCAGUAGUGCUGCCCCAGUGGCCCACCUCUUAGCCUCUCCAUGUACCUCAAGACCUGUGUUACAGCAUCCAACUUACAAUAUAUCCCAUCCUAGUGGCAUAGUUCACCAGGUCCCAGUGGGCAUAAAUCCCCGCCUGUUACCAUCCCCGACCAUUCAUCAGACUCAGUACAAACCAAUCUUCCCACCACAUUCUUAUAUUGCAGCAUCACCUGCGUAUACUGGAUUUCCACUGAGUCCAACAAAACUCAGCCAGUAUCCAUAUAUGUGAAAACUCAAAAGGAGCAUAUUGAGGAAGCUCAAUGAUAGAAACAUUUGAUUAAAAAUAAAAACAUGGUAUUUAAUAAAUAUUAGCCAUGGCACAAGAAAAUUAUUUUUGAAUCAUGUAGACUUGGGUGCAAUUUAAACAACUUUGAGCUUUAAAAAAAACUCACUUUUAAUGUGUUUUGCACAUUUGGUAUAACUUGUCUUUGGUCAUGUUAUCUUCUUAUGUAGUAACUCUAGACAGGUGACUUAUGGGAGCAGAAGUCCAGUUUUGCUCCUGCUAUUUUUUAUAAAAUUGCCUUCUAACUAGUGCAAGACACGUCCACAUUUGGGAAGCCAUUCUGUGUACAGACUUAGAGCAACAGAUGCACAUAUGUCAAAAUUACAGCAUACAAGUGAAUUGUAUAAUCUGUGUCUUAGUGUAUAAAUGUUGGGUCACUUACCUAAGAAACUGAGCUAUUGUUCUUUACAUUUGCAUGUGUCUUUGCAUGGGCAAAAUAUUGCCUAGACUUUGCUCUUAAAUGUUGUUCUAAUAAUCUCAGCUGCAUUGUAAACCGUUCCCACACAUAGUGCCUUAAAUAUUUGAGGUUGUUAAUGUUAUUACCUAUAAUAUAAAUGUUGAGGACUGCAGCACUUAAAAAUCAGACCUACUCUUUAGUUUUCUUUUGAUAGAGUAAUGUUCAUUUUUGGUUUUGUGUGGUAUGAUUUCAGGUUGUAGCUGUUUUUUCCUAAGAGGGCAGCAUGUUUGCUAUAGCUGAAUUCUGCUGUCUAAUUUUUCAGAAUGAUCUAGCUUCAAGAAAAGCAAGCAGUUAGUAGUGCUUAAGAAAAAUUGAUUCAGUAUCUAAUGGGUAGUUAAUAUCUGUCACAACACAGCAUUUUAUAUACUGUUAAGUAAAACUGCAAUACAAUCUAAGUUUAUUUUGGGAGUGUUUGCUGUAUAAUUGGAUUUAAUAAAAUAUUUAGAGGUGCAGUAGGCAUGACUUUGAGUAGAUAAUGAAAGAAAAUGCAAAUUGCUUAUUGAUUCAUGAUGUGGUUUCAUCUUAGCUUGGGCAAACCAUGCAGUAUUUAAUACGUAGUAGCAGAAUAUUUACUAUUGAAGCUUGAAAAGAUGUGAGUUCUUUGUGUGCAAUUUUUCAUUUAUGCAUGUGAGAGGGUUGUGUUUUUUUAAAGUAUUUUUACAUUGUAGUACUUGUUUUGCUUGUUGGUGGUAUUUGCUUAUUUAAUACAUUCCGUCAGGGACAGAAAUUACAUGCUUUUCUUCCUAGGAAGUGUGUCUUGGGUUUUCCUUUCUUAUUCUCUCUUUCGUUUUUUUGGUGAUGGUGAUGUUUAAAUGAAGUUGCUUUUACAGCACCAAAGACUUAAUCAUCCAUUUCCUAUAUAAAAGGUAGCUACUUUUUUGCAUAGACCUCAAGUAUAUUGUAGUAUAGAGGUGGAAUGUAAGGAAAGGUAUUAAACAAGCUGUGUUUUAGCUUAUGGGCAAGUAAUAAAUUGUAUCAUUUAUCUUGAAUGUAUCAUAGAUAAGCUGCUAUGUAACGACUGCCACUUCAGAUAGCUGUGAAAUUAGGUGAUUAACUAGUUGUUCCUUAGCCUUCUAAUUUCUGUAUAAGUCUAAUUACAUGAAAUAGAAGUUGGGGUUUUGAUUUUUUACUCUGCUUUUCUGUUUGGAGUGUCAUUGUAACUACUGUAUUGUAAAUGAUGGAAAAUAAUUGCAUAUGUUAUUUUGGGUGUGUUAAUUGCAUCAGUAUUUUAUCUCUAUUAAUGUUUGUGCUCAUCACUGCAUAUAAAAAACUUGGAUGUAUCAAUGUAACUUAAUUUUUUAUUUUCAUACUGGCAUUGUAGACACUUGAGAAAGCUGUAUCUUGCAGGCUUGACUUAACUUUUUUUCCUUAAAAAUCUGGAAUAUAAUCUUACAGCAUUUACUGGAAUAAACAGUACAAAGCAUUUGAGUGUAAAACUCUCCAAAUGUUUUGGAUUUAUAGCAUUUCUUUGAUAAAUGAAUUGCAUACCACUAGUACAGCUCUAGUACAGCGUUGACAAUAAGCUAAUGAUGGACAAACUUUUCUUUACUCCAUUAACACAAGCAGUGUUUUAUUUAAUAAUCAUCAAUGAAAUAAAUGUGCCUAAGAUUGAUUUUAAAAUUUACAGUAUUAGAUCAUAAAAUAAAAACCAGCAGUACAUUUUUAGUCACACUGAAAAUGAAGGACUUAAUUUUCCCCACAAGUUUCAGUGUUUUUAGUAAUCAAUUCUAUGCAUUUUAUAUAAA